AUGACUCGUUACAGUGGAAAGAGCCAGGGUGGCGACUAUCUACCCGUUAAACCAGAAUCCUCUGGAGCUGAACUUCCUUAUCACAGUUAUGAUGUCAAUAUAGCCCAUCCUGUAAAAUGUUAUUCUCGGGAUUCGAUAACACACCGCAAUGUUGGGCCUUUUAUUCCAAACUGGAAAGACGUGGAGACGUUUCGCCGGGAUGUAGAGUUUUUGAAUCAUCGGGGCAUUAUCCACAAUGAACAAAACUUCAAACCGAGGCUCACGCCUGAAAGUAUUGUUAUUCUCGUUCAGGUCCACAAUCGCCCGGAUCAGCUACAGAUGCUGAUUGACUCCUUUCGUAGAAUGAGGUACAUCAACGAAACGUUAGUCAUAUUUAGCCAUGAUUUCUACUCCCAGGACGUUUUUGAUGUUAUAGCCGAGAUAGAUUUCUGUCCCUAUAUGCAGCUAUUUUACCCGUAUGCUAUUCAAGUAUAUAACAACCAGUUCCCAGGAGAUGAUCCCAAAGACUGUCCGAGGAAUUUGGAUAAGGAAGAAGCCCGGAAACGGAAGUGUAACAACGCCGAGUAUCAAGACCUAUACGGACAUUACCGACAAGCCCUGUACACGCAGAUGAAACAUCACUGGGUUUGGAAGCUCCAUGUUAUUUUUGAGAACUGCUUGUUGCUUAGACAUUUUGAAGGGAUAAUAUUUCGAAUAGAAGAAGAUUACUAUUUGGCAGAGGAUACGAUAGACUACAUGAGAAAGCUGGACCGGCAGGCUAGGGUUCAGUGUCCAGAGUAUAAAAUGUAUAUCAUGGGUGCAUACUCGGGCUAUUCCCGCGAUGAUUACAAGUCAAGCGCCGCGAGGAAAGAUCGUUGGCAUAUAGGAAUCGGGAGAGGAAUGGCCUUCAGGAAAGACGUCUGGAAGCUUUUUAAAGAAUGUGCGAAAUCAUUUUGCCUGUUCGAUGACUACAAUUGGGGCUGGUCGCUAAUGCACGUGGUAGCCACGUGCUUCCCUGAUGAUAUCAUGAACAGUCUACGAUAUGAUACAUUUAUGGAGACAGUAUCCUCAAGCAAAGAAUCAUUUCAGCCCCAGAAUCUUCCACCAAUAGAAAUGUUGCUGGUUCACCUACCGGGGAAAUCUCACACGCAAUGA